AUGUCUUGUGUGGAUCUUGCUCUUCCAAAUCCAAUUCCAAAUUGGCUUUUGAGGGACUUGGAAGAAGGGGAUAGAGAUUGUAGAUUUAAUACUAAAUUUCCAUGUGGCGUCGAGAUCCCAUUGCCAAGUAACAAGACUUUGAGACUGGUUUUUACUAAGCUCAAGGCUGUUGGACCUUUACGUUACUUUCUUGGUUUCAAGAUAGCCAAGGGAAAGGAUGGCCUAUUUCUCUCUCAACGAAAGUACACCAUCCAAUUACUCGAAGAUACAGGUUAUGCAGGAUGCAAACCUGCUAAAACGCCCAUGGAUCCACGGACAAAACUAGAUGACCAGCAAGGAGAACCCCUCACUAAUCCUUCCUCAUACCGUCAGCUCAUUGGCAAGCUAUUAUACCUGACCUUAUCGAGACCCGACAUCACAUAUGCAGUGAAUUGUCUCAGCCAAUUCAUGUCUAAUCCUCGAAGCACGCACUUGCAGGCUCUUAACCAUCUGCUUCGAUACCUCAAAGGGAGUCCAGGACAAGGUCUUCUUUAUUCACCACACUCGUCACUACAUCUCAGAGGCUUCUCUGAUUCAGAUUGGGCUUCCUGCCCCAUCACGAGACAUUCUACAACUGGCUUCUGCAUCUUCAUAGGUGAUUGUCUAGUCUCCUGGAAAACUAAGAAACAACCCACCAUUUCCAAAAGCUCUGCUGAAGCAGAAUACAGAGCACUUGCAGCUACGACAAGCGAGAUAACAUGGCUUCAGUACCUCCUCACAGACUUGCACCUGCCUCAAACCACACCAGCUUUCAUUUAUUGCGACAAUCAGUCUGCCAUGCACAUUGCUAACAAUCCCACAUUUCAUGAGCGAACUAAACACAUCAAACUUGAUUGUCACUUCAUUUGUGACAAGAUUAACAACUCAACUAUUCGGCUUAUACCUGUCUCAAGCAACUUACAACUUGCAGAUGCAUUUACUAAGCCAUUGCCUUCUACCACACUUACUUCCCAUAUAAACAAGAUGUCUGUAUAUAAUCUGUACAGUCCACCUUAA